AACCACAGCCAGGCCUCGACAGCGGAAUCGUCAGUGGCAUCGGUCUGGGCUGCGCCAAGGUGCCGCUGCAGUAUUGCAUUGAUUUUCCUGACGAGCGGAUUGCCACAGCCCCUGCCGCGGGUGCCUGCCUUUGCCUCGAGUGUGUGUUGUGUUCGUUGGAGGAAAUCAAGUCUUGUGUGCUGCCUGCAAUAUGCUGAUUGUGCUCUAAUUUAUUGGCCCACAGCCAGUCCACAGCAUCGGACUUUGGCCAUUGUCAGCAGCAUUUUGGCAAUGUUUGCCAGAGGAUCUGCGUCAGCUAUUGAAUCGUACGACAGCAACGGGAACAACGGUAAACCUCUCAGAGAACAUGGUACUGCAGUCGGAGUGGAGAUAGAAAAACUCAGCAACAGCAGAAACGGAAACAGAGACAGAGACAGAGACAGAAGCCCUAGCGAUAAGGGAACAGACUGCUCACCGUUGCAGGAAAUCGAUGAGCAUUACGUCUGUGACAUUGCCAUGAUGAGAAUCGGUGGAGACGAGCCGAAAGGGGCUGUCGAUGACUCACAAUCAUCGACCGUUCCGGAGAACGAAAGUACAAAUGAUGAUGCGAACGAGUUGGAAAUCGAUCGCCAGGAGGAGGAGCAGGUGGUCAGCGAUCUGGUGCGAUCGAGUAGCGCUGGUGCCCUAAUGGAAGGGGACAGCAACAAUGGGGGCAGCAUGCGAGUGGUAUUUGGCAUACUGGUGCGUCUGGUGCUGCCACUCGCGAAUGGUGUGGCCCGUGGCAUUCAGGGCAUUCGCGAUGUUCGUAUGCUUCAAGUGCUGCAGAAUCUGGCCUCCAGCAGACAGGCCCUAACCCAUUUGGUGGCAUUUGCCGCCAAUACAAUUUCCAUGAACUUGUCCUCAGUGCAGGUUUCGAAUCGGUUGGGACCGCUGCUCAAGCUGCUGAAAAUGCGUAAAUCGCAGGAUGGCUUGGAGAGUCUUCCCGACACACUAACUGCGCCCAGCACACCCUGUACACCCUUUAGUCCAAUGCAGGGUCCGCCCAUCUUUGGCGUACGCUCGGAUGCACCCAGCUGUUGCACCAUCAACAUACUGGCCGAGCCGCCACCCGGUGAGCCGAUACGAGCCGAUAUUGUACUGAUCCAUGGUCUGCACGGAUCGCUGGUGAACACCUGGAAGCAGGGACUCUGGCAGAACGAUCGCAAGCCGGUGGAGUUUGAGCGUCCGCCGCGUCCUCCAGUGCGACCGCCCAAGCGACCACGCCACUCCCGCAGUGCAGCCAUUCAUCCAGCGCCCAGGGAGAAGAGAGCCAAAUUUACCUCCCUCGACCGUUUGAUGGACACCCCCGAUGAUGCUCCAGUUCGGCAGAGGGUGCGACUGCAGCAGCCAGCGGAAAUGCCGCCAGAAGAGUUCAAUUUUAAUGCUUCCGAUAGCGAUGAUACCGAAGACUAUGCCUACGUGUGCGGUGACCCCGAGGACAUACAAAUCUGCGAGGGAAUCGAGUACAGUUUUCCGACGUUCCGACUAAGAAUGCAGGACAACAGCCGCAUCCGAGCGGGCGAACUCGAGUCCAUGCUCAAUGGAAAUGUCAACGAAAACGCUGAAAACAGCGAGGAAUCCAAAAAGCGGCCACCAGUUUCUUCCAGUGCUGGGCCGCGCAAGUCCAGCAGAAAGAACAAGCCCUCGCCCAACGAUCCAAACUACUCCAAGUGCUGGCCCGGCGACUGGUUGCCGCUGGACUGUCCUGGAGUUCGGGUCAUUGCCGUAAACUACACCACCGAUCCGUACCUGUGGCGUCCACUGUGGAAGAGAAAAGAGCCUCGCUCCAACUUGUUCCAGCGCUCCCGGGAAAUGGCCGAUCUACUCAUGCAGCAUCGCGUGGGACACGGUCAUCCCAUCAUCUAUGUGGGCCACUCGAAGGGCGGACUGUUCAUCAAGCAGCUAAUUGUAGAUGCCUGGGAGUCCGGGCGUCCCGCCAUGACACCACUCUGGCGCUCGGCACGCGGCUGCUUUUUUUAUUCAGUGCCGCAUCGUGGCUCCCAUUUGGCGAGCAUCAAAGCGCCACUGCUCUCCCGCUCCGUAGAGCUUCUGGAGAUUGAAAAAAACAACAAGUAUCUCUUGGACCUGCAUCGGCGGUUUGCUGGACUAUAUCAUCUAGGUCAUCUGAAGAUUGAGGUGUUUAGUUUUGUGGAGACGGCCCUGACGCUCAUGUCGGUUCUUUAUCUGCGCAUUGUGGGCGUGGAUUCGGCAGAUCCCGGGUUCGGUGAUGUCUGCGGCAUACGGCUGGAUCACCGCGAGAUAUGCAAACCCCGUGGACGUGAUUGUAUAUUGUACAAAGAACUGGUGAAAAUGAUUGAGAAGGUGUGCUGAGCUGAGCCUGUCAGUCGCCUGAAAGGAAAAUACAUAAAUUAUUGUGCGAGGACCUGAUAUUGUUGUAAUCGAUAUGUGAAUAAUAUGGCCAACUGUGAGGAUGCCACGAGAAUUACGCGUACCUUAAUGUGAUGGCCCGGAUCACGGACCGUAUGUCCAGGGCACGCUUUUUCGUGUUAGAGCGUCGCUUUUGUUUUCAAUAGUGCAUAGCAUCUAUUACAUAUUGAAUAUUUUCACUAAUUUUACACAUGUAAUUCGCUUAUCCAUAGCUCAAGUUAGUUAUACAGUUAGUUGUUGUUUCUAGUUUAGGUCCCAUAUCAGAACAAGGUAUAGAGACACGCUUAAGCCAUGCCAUUUGGGCAUCAAUGAUAAUUAUUUUUGCAAUUUUUGUGAUCGAUUGUGAUCAUCUUGUGGCACUUUGUUGUGAUUUUCACUCGAUCCCCCCCGUGAAUACAUUAUUGAUAUUGUACCAUUUAUAUAUAUGUUUAUAGAAUAUGUACAUUUAGAUAUCGCUAGUACUUUAAAUGUCUAUCCACGUAUAUCUUCUACAAGCAUAAAUCCUACACCGCUGUAAAACGUUACCAUCGACUACAAAAAUGUAAUAUA